AUGGCGCUCCCGACAACGUCGAUAAACGCACCUUUCCGUCAGAACAAUGCCUAUCCCACGACGUCGCAGCAAGCUAUGGCUUUGACCAUGCGGAUCGAAGCCAAAAAAGCAGAGUUGGAGAACCUCCGCCAAUUACGGGAUUUGAGCAGUGCGCUUGCCACGCAAAUGCAGGCUCUCGAGGCAAAGCUGUCCACUUUAAAGGACGGCACGGAAGCCAUUGCAUGCGUUCUGGCCAACUGGCAAAGUGUGUUGCAGGCCAUCAACAUGGCGACCAAAAAAGCUGCAGCCAGUGCCCAAGACGUCCCCGAUCCGACCACCGUUGACAAUCGCCCAUCAACGCUCGUCCGUAUACCCACAGCAUCGAUUGAUGCGCUUUCCAAUGCGUGA